UUACUUCGCAUCUUCUCCCAAAUUGCUGUCUCCGAUUCUGCAAUUAGAGUUUGCUUCUUCAAUGGCAUUGCUGAAAUUGGAUCGAAUUUUUCACGAUGAAGAAAGGUGGAGUAUCCGAGCGUUUUGAAGACAGACGAAAAUCGGCGGCGUUGCAAACAAGAAGAAGAUGAAGAAGAAUAUGCAGAGACUUGGAGGGCGAGGUUGCCUGUCGCUCGCAGCAUUCGGCAGUGCCAAGGCUAGGAACGACAACUACAAUCCUUCGGUUAUCAAAAAGCAAAGAGAAUUCUAUAGGAAUGCUAAGCAUGUUAAGAAAUAUAAGAAAUCGAUAAACCAGCAAGGGCACCGAAGCAAUUCUUUCAAUGCCAGAGAACUGUUAGAGAGUGAAGAUGUAGCAGAUGGGGGUGAUCGGGCUAGCCAAAAGAAGAUGAAGUACAAGAAGAAUGCGCGAAACCUUAAGGAGUUGUACGAGAAGAAGCACGACGAGCAGGAGAGAGGUAGGAUGGAGAAAGAAGCCAUGAUGCAGGCAAAGAAGACAGAGAGAGAGGCAGCAGAAGCUCGAAGGAGAGCACUGAAGGAGAAAAUUUAUAAGAAAACGAGGUCUGGUCAACCUGUCAUGAAAUACAAAAUUGAGCGUAUGUUGGAAUCAAUCCAUGGUUCAACAACCUAAUAGUAUACUUUUUUGUAUAUAAUGAAAUAUUGCCAGUGUGUGAAAUUGUGUGAAAAUAUCAAUAUGAACGAAUGUCCAAUUGCAUUGUGUGUAGAUGGAUUUAAGGGCGUA